AUGGAUUCUUCAAACUCAAAUUCUACCCAAGCAAAUAGCACUAGUGGCACUUCUUCAAAAACUAGGGAGGAAGAAUUUAAUCCUCUGUGGAGAUAUGUAACUAAACUAGAGAAAACUGGAGAAGGAGGGGGUAAUUGUAAAUGGAUAUUCAAUUUUUGUGGACAAGAAAAGCAAGGGACUUAUAUUAGAGUGAGGGCUCAUUUAUUGAAAAUCACUGGAAAAGGGAUUGGUGUGUGUAAAAAAGUGAUGAAUGAUAGUAUUUCUGAAAUGAGGAAACAGGAGGAUGAGGCAACAAACAAAAUUACCAAUUCACAAUCUAGGCGAGUUUCUUUGCCUAUUAGUAUAACUUCUAUUCCUUCAUUGAAUAUAACUGAACCAAGUAUUUCAGCAGCUUUGAAGAAAAAAAGAAAUGUUCUACACUGGGGUCUACCUUUUAAUUUUGCUAGAAAUCCUUAUUAUGUGAGUUCUUAUUCUUUUGCUGCUAAUCAUGUUUUGGGUGGUUAUGUGCCGCCUGGUUAUAACAAAUUGAGAACCACAUUACUUCAGCAAGAAAAAGCAAACGUAGAGAGGUUGCUUGAACCAAUUAAAAACACUUGGUUAGAAAAGGGUGUUAGUAUUGUGAGUGAUGGAUGGAGUGAUCCCCAGAGGAGGCAUUUGAUUAAUUUUAUGGUUGUUUCUGAGUCUGGCCCCAUGUUUAUCAAAUCUGUAGAUUGUUCUGGUGAAGUGAAAGAUAAGCAAUUUAUUGCUAAUUUGCUAAAAGAAGUAAUUGAUGAGGUGGGUCAUCAAAAAGUGGUACAAGUCAUUACUGAUAAUGCUUCAAAUUGUAAAGGUGCUGGAGAAAUCAUUGAGGGAAUGUUUCCACAUAUUUAUUGGACUCCUUGUGUUGUGCACACUCUUAAUCUUGCUUUGAAGAAUAUAUGUGUAGCAAAAAAUUUGGAAACUAAUCAAGAAACUUAUGAUGUGUGUCACUGGAUCACUGAAAUCCAUGGGGAUGCUUUGCAAAUCAAGAAUUUUAUAAUGAAUCAUUCCAUGAGGCUUGCAAUUUAUAAUCGGUUUAGCCCUUUGAAAUUGCUUUCAGUUGCUGACACUCGUUUUGCUUCUAUUGUUGUGAUGCUUAAAAGAUUUAAACUUAUUAGGCGUGCUUUAGAAGCAAUGGUUAUGAGUGAUCAAUGGGCACAAUACCGAGAAGAUGACCAAGGCAAAGCUAGAUUUGUUCGUGAUAAAGUGGUAGAUGAGGAUUGAUGGGAAAAGGUUGAUUACAUCAUUGCUUUUACUGGGCCCAUUUAUGACAUGAUCAGAGUUUGUGACACAGACAAACCAUGCCUUCAUUUGGUUUAUGAGUUGUGGGAUUCUAUAAUUGAAAAGGUGAAACAAGUUAUUUUUGAUCAUGAAGGAAAGCAAGCAGAUGGGUUUUCUCCUUUUUAUUAUGUGGUUCAUCGAAUUCUUGUUGAUCGUUGGGCAAAGAGCAACACUCCCUUUCAUUGUUUAGCCCAUUCAUUAAAUCCAAGAUUUUAUAGUGAAAAAUGGCUUCAAGAGGGGGAAGGUAGAGUGCCUCCUCAUAUGGAUGGAGAAGUAUUAACUGAGAGAAUUAAAUGCUUUAGGAGGAUUUUUUCUAAUGAAGAUGAGCGAAUUAAAGCAAAUGAUGAAUUUGCAAAUUUUUCUUUGAAAAGUGGACCUUUUGCUGAUCCUGAUUC